UCAGCUAAAAUAUUCCAUAUUUUAGCUAAAUGGCAGUCCUGCGUGGUUGGAGAUUCGUUGGAUUCGUGUCCUGCAUCGUGGGCGCCGUGGGCCUCACCCUAUACCCCGUCAUUGUGGACCCCAUGGUUAACACUGAGAAAUACAAAACCCUGCAGGAAUACAGCAAAAUCAAGAGAGAUGAACUGCAGCACAUUAAAAGGCAGUAGAACCCCCUGUUAUGCUACACUUAAGAACCCAAAUAUGUGUAUUCUAGUUUGCCUGAUAAAGAACUGCAAUGUACAAAUUGCUAUUAAAAUAGAAACUAUUUGUACCCUGACAGCAUGAACUCCAUGAAUUAAACUGUUACCUAUACAUGCAGGAAAAUCC